AUGAGCGGAGUCGGUCUCGAGGACUUGAUCGAGGACCUCAUUCCUGAAAUCGCCUAUUCGGGCGAAAAUGGCGUGCCGGUCUCGUCGCUGCUGAAAAUUGUUCGGCAGUAUCACGCAAGCAUCGGGGGAGGAGGAAAUGGAAAUGCGCUCCUCGAAGGCGAUGCCCUAGGAGGGCCGCAGGGAGCCGGCCAAAAUGCGGCCAGCGUGGAGAUUAUCCUGUCCGACGCUGAGAUGAGGUCUGCGCGCUGGGCCUGGGACUGGUUGCGAUCCCGCCCGCAGAUCCUGGUCAACGGCAACAAGAAAUGGAAUCGGCUCGACUUGGACGAGGUUCUGGCCCUCCCCGAAGCAGAGACGGCCGAAAAACAAGCGCCAAACGCGCAAACCAAAGCCGAGACGGGCGACACUCCGCAGCCGUCGUCGGCCGUUGUUGCAGCUAGAGGCACGCGGCAAAAAGGCAAAACCCCAAAACCCAAGAAGGCCACCCUCUCUGUGCGGCCACGGAUCCAUCCCGCGGAGGAUCUUGUCUGGCAGACCUUAACUCGCCACGGCGUCGACUAUAAGCGCGUGCCCGUCCUCGAAUGGAAAUGCCUGCUGGGCAUCGCCUCGGCCAGGGCCGAGGGCAUCCUCCAGAGCGACCUCCGGCGCCUAGUCGACCAAGACAAGCGCUCCCUCCCUAAGCGAACCGACUCCCUGGCUAAAAAGGGCUACAUCGUCAAGAGGACCAUCGUCGUCCAGAAAAUGAAGACAAGCAAGCUCUGGCUGAUUGACUUUGCGCCCCCCAUUCUGGAAAAGGACAGCGGCGGCCUCGACCUGUCGCCGGAGACGCUGACCAAGGACUUGGAACCUGUCGCCUGGCACGAGAAAUGGACCGGCAACAACAUUGAUAUCGAGGCGCUGGGAAGGACCUUUGUGGCCAUUGUCAAGGCCUGGGGCAUAAUCAAAUACUGCGACCUGCGGGCCAAGAUGGGAGUCCCAGGCAAAGUCUGGCAGAUGAAGACCUUGGCGAAGAACGUGCAGCGCGUCGUCGACAUGGGCGUGCUGAAGUACACGGCUGCGUCUUUCCCGGGCUCGGGCACGCGAAAGGUCUUCAAGGACUGUCUCAAAUUCAUGCGAGACUUCCGCGACGAGGAAUGGGACAGGUUUCUAGCAACGGGCAAGAAGACGUCACAGUACUCUGACGCGACUCGCCACCGCGAACCGAAGCCCAACGCCCUGGUGCUGUAUGGCAAGUCAGAGCAGGACAAAGAGAAGAAGGGCCAGCGCAAGCAAAGGCAGAGACGGAUUUGCCCAGGCUGGACGCCCGAGCAACCACUUGCCCAAAAUGUCUUCGAGGUUCUUCAAAGCUCUGGGCUCGACGGAGCGUCCAAUCCCCAAGUUAGCGUCGCCACCAUCGGAUAUGGCUUCCGUCGGUAUAUGGCGAGCCACCUCACAAAGGUUGCCGAAACCCAGCAGCCGCCGCAUCUGAAGAAGUUCCAGGUUGUUAGCAAUCUAGUCCGCAAGGGGAAGACCUCUGCAUACAUGUUCUCGGUUCCCCAAGCCGAAACCGCGCCUGACCAUGAUGCCGCCUCCCAGGCUGAAGGGGCAGGGGAUAAGGACAGGCUGGACGAGGCCCCUGUCUCAAAUGAAGAACCGCCAAAGGCGACUGUUGCAGAUGCAUAUGGAUUUGGCAAUAUUCGGCCCAAGGUAUUCCCCAGCUCAAAAAACGCCUCUCUUGCAGACCUUUGCCGUUUGGCUAGGAAGCCUCACCGCUUCGGGAGACGGAAGAAGGCGUUCUCCAGCCAGGUAGAAAAGGCCCCCGAAGUCGAUGCUUCCGAGGUUCCAGCACAAUAUACCAUUCCCGAAGACCUUCCGGGCUCAAAUACGGCAAAGACCACCAAAGAGGACAUCGAGCUCCCAGAGGCCGGCCCUGUUCGACCUCCAAAGCGGUCUUUUGACGAGAUGGACGAGGAAGACCAGGCUGCUGAAGAGGCUGGACCUGCUCAACUCCAGCAGCUUGAUAGCAUUGUCGUCGAUGUCCCGUCUCAUGAAAGCCCUACUGGAGGUCAUGACCCCGCUAAGACUGCCUGUCCAGAGGUUGAACCUGUUGGCCUACAGCAGCCCGGUACCAUUGUCGUCGAUGCUCCGCCUGAUAGGAGCCAAGAUACGGAAAAUACAGAAGAUGCUGACCUUAGAUUGGUUCCCGAAGUCUACUUUGGCGUUCCUGGCUCAUUGAACCCCUUGCCUAGAAAGCGUGGCAAGCCGAGACGGUCACUGGUCGUGAAAAUUAGAUUAGAGGCGCUGAAAAAACGAAACCAGGAGAAAUUACCUGACGAGCCAACAUCAAGCCACGACCAGACACCUACAGUGCCCAACACAGUAGCUGAUAGUAUGGACAUUGAAGAAGAUCCCCCUGCAGAGACCAUCUUGCCGGCCAGCUACAAUGGACUCGUCGGGAGGCUAGAGCUCAGUCAUACAGACCGCGUUGUCAACUUCUUUCGGCGCCGUGGGAGGGCGGCCAAGCAGCCUAUUCCCAUCCACAUCGAUAAGAUAUCCGAGAGUCCCUCCAUACAAGAUGCUACAGAAAGCAAUGGCAAGACCUUGACUUUUGUCAUGAAAGAAGCUGAGGAUGGAAUCUCACCCGAGAACUACGUUUUCGUCUUUGCCGACGGCGAAGAGAUCCAGAGAACGGCGGCUUGGAUUCGAAGGGAAGUCAUCAAGCUAGGGCCUAAUACGGCAACAAGCCAGGCGGCGUCGGCUAAGCCUACUGUUGUACACUCUGUUAAGCCCGACGUUGAACCAUUACCAUCGAGUCCUCAAGGCCAAGAAAAUCCACGAGAGGGGGCCCCGCUAGAGUCGCCAUCUCGUGGUCGGGGUCAUGGUCGUGGACGCCGGGGUCGUGGUGGACGCCGUGGCGGUCGGUUAUCUUCAGUCACAGUCAGGGCUUUCAAGUCUUUCAAGUGCGACACCUGCGGCGGCGCCUGGAAAAAUGAUAUCGGGCUCAAGUAUCAUCAGACCAAGGCUCAGACUCCGUGCAACCCGGACUUCACCCCCGAAUCUGUAGCCGAGCGAGCUUUGAAACGCCGAAGACUGUCGCCUUUUCCGCCUACUUCCACUACGGGCUUGGGCGAUGAAGAUGGGAUGCCAUUGAGCCGCCUGCGGCGCUCGAGGAUGACGAAACGGGGAGAGCGGCCGCGCCGCUCGCACCUCCAAGUCCGACAAGCAAUGCGACCAAAACCAGAUGUAGACUCCGGCGCAUUUCGAGGUAUCGGCGACAAGCUUUGGGAGAGUCUUGGUGCUGGGUCUUACAGCCUAAGCCUCCGAAAGCCAGAUAUCGCGAGACAAUCCUCAGAUAGCCUCGUCUCACAGCCAGCAUCUAGCGUCAACAAAGACCCCCCAGCUUCGCUCGGCAGUGGUGAGGCCAGAUCUUCCGGCCUCAGCCUUGUGCCAGGAUCUUCCAAGCCCAUGGAAGUUGACACGUCCCAGGCGCCCUACAGUGAGCCUUUGGCAACACGUGCUCAACACUCGCUAGAGACAGGCAGCCCUGUCGCGCAGUCUACAUUUGCCAGCGGACGGCCUGCUGUGCAAUUAUCAUCGUCGGGGCCCGACAAGACGGCACUUCCACAUGCCAAUGACAAUUCGGAACCCCCUAAUAACAAUGCUCCUGAAGCUCAGAGGACGCCUCUCCCACCUGUCGUUGAUGAUAUUCAGCCGCUACUAGGAGUCGAAGCAUCGCCAUACCCGGAGAGGGUCCUCCAAACGGGCCAACCCGAAACUGGCAAGCGAGGCAACGCUAAAUCCUCGAAACUGUCCAAAAAGAAGGACAAGCGGCAUGAAAAGGACGAGAAUCCCGCAGCAGUACUACCUGUGGCAGAGGAGCAAGCGACCACCAAGCCAUUCGAGCCCACGACAGAUUACGAGCGCAUGUCAACCGAAAGCAAGCGCCGCAUUGCCCAGGCCUACGACAUCAUCAAUUACCUACUGGACAACAGCUCUGGCGUGUUUCCUGGGGACAAGGCCCUUUUCUACGCCGUGACAAAGGUGUUCCUGAAGGAGUUUAGAAACCAGGUUCCCCCAACCUGGAAGAGCUACUUCAGCGCGGUUAAAGCCUUAGAGGCCCGUAAAGAGGCUACGGUGCACACCCACAUGCUGAGGACGGAAAGGGGUAGGCUUCUUACUUGCUCCUUGCUCAUGAGGACAGGAGUUGACCCAACUAGCUCGAUCCCGACCAUGAUGAAGAGGAAAAUGCGGGACAUGUGGCCGAACGUCUAUAUCCCGGCCGCCUUCUCCCCAACCCAGGAAGAGCUCGCGCUAUUGCAGGACCUGGACAAGAAGCCGGCAAGCGUACAAAAGGAAGAAAAGGAAGACAAGCCGAACGCCAACGGCCAGAAGUUCCGCAGCAGGCGCAAAAUCGACGAGAUCGAGGUUUUCAAUGCCCCUUAUUACACUCAGAACGCGUCCAACAAUAACAACACCAAUAAUGCGAUCCAACCCAUGGAUCCUCUAUGGAUUCGAGAGUCGGAGCAGCCGCAAAAAGAGGGACCAGACAAACGAAAGCAGUCGAUCCUAGAUGAACUUGAAGAGAGUCCUGUGUCAAAGAGGCAGAAGACGGAUGGACUUGAUGCCUUGCCUAUUGAUCCCGAGUUGGAAACGCAGGCAUAUAACCAAAUUUCCGAGGAAUUGCAGAGAGAGAGAUCAAUCCUUUCACCUAGAUCCCGGAAGCAUACAUCUCCUGAUGCACGUCGCAAACUGGAAUAUGCUAGACAAACAUAUGGCAGGGAUGACAUUUUCAGUGGCAAAGAGCCGCCAUCGGUGAUCGACGCCAUCAAGACUUACGGUCUUUUGCCAUCGAGGCCAGGCAAGCGUGGAGGUCCAAAGCCGACAACAGGAAGGUUUGGCAAAUUGCCUGCUCGGUUGGGCAGGCUCAGGAACCCCGGGCUGGACAGCUUGCCGUCCUUUUUUGGCCGCUUUUCUAUUAGCAAAGAACCCGUGUCAGCAGCUCAGCCGCAAAUCCAGUUUCUAGAACCCAACACGCAGCUCGAGGAUGCCGAGAUGUCUGUAGAAGACGAACGAUUCUUUGGCGAGGGCGAUGAGUACGGCAGCAGGCCGGGCUCCAGUUCAUCGAGUGUGGAUUCUACCGAAUUCGCUACAACCCAAGAGCCUGAUGUCGACUCAAAUGUACCAGCGUUUGAUACAAGCCAAAUUUCUAGGCUGCACGGCGACGAGCCUGCAAUAAAGACACCUAUCACUUCGCCCAAUCUUGAAGUGGCACCUCUGCCUGCCUCUACGCCUGUCUCUGAGCAAGAGCCUCAGCGCGAACCCGAGAACGGAGAUGCAAAGUUUGUAUUUGUCCCGCCUAUUGUUAUAAAAGCCUCUCAAGGCGGGUCCUGGUCGAAGCUCGGAACCGGCUACUUUCGUGGUGUUGAGGAAGCAAGCUUCACCAUGGAGGGUUGGAUGCCUGACCGCCACCUUCAGCUUCUCCAGAACCUGCCUACCAGCGCGGAAGAUAUGGCCUCGAGAAGCAAGCAAAGCCACUUCAACCCGAGUUCCUGGGUUGACCAUGAAUGGGGCUCCUAUUAUGCUCUUGUUCACCGCUGUGCAACAUGGGAGCAAUCAGAAACCGGCGCCGCAAUACUUUCUGGGGGCUCUAUUGCUCCGGAUUACAUGUUCAUCAACUUUUCUUCAUCUGAGUCAAAGGCGAGUAUGAAGCCUAUCAUAGGCAAAUGGUCUGACGAGAGGGAGUUUGGCCUGGACACGCUUCCGUACGAUGACCUCGAUGAAGAUGACGAUCUUUGUGGCAUCGGAUACUGCGCUGAGGUGAUUGGCGACGCCAACCCGCGUCCGGCAAAGAAACACCGUAUUCCCGGGCAACGGAAGAUGGGCAGGCCGCAAAAGUUCAAGCUCCAGGCUAUCAAAACGGGUCGCGAGCUCUCGGCUUACCCGAAAUCGGCUGACGAUUUCCUGCGCGACCCAGAAAAGGAGAAGGACGAUAUCGACUGGACGAGCGAGAACACGCGACUUGCCGCAUUUGUUGUCGUCACUACGUUGCUUGGUGGUGUAGACCGAGUCGUUGACUGGGGCUUGAUGAUGAGGUUGUUCCCCGACUUGACGCUCAGCCAGCUUCGUCAUCUUUGGGGUAUUUUGCGGAAGGAUCGCCAGUCGACAAUUGUCAACCUGACAGACAAGUUCCGCAAGGCAUUUCUCAAGGCAUACUCGGACAAUGAGAUUCCGCCGCUCGAUUUCGACAACCCUCUGGCAUACGACUGGAAGCGGCUGAUAAGGUGGACAAUCAACCUUCACGAGGUGGAGCGCACAAGUCUGCCAGCGUCGAGAAAAGCGCUCGAGAGGCAGUUUGACGUUUCCAGCUGCAAGUACACAAACCGCGAGUGGCGUGAAGCCUACUACCACAUGCAGCGUUCCGUCUUUAACAAGUUCCAGGAUGCGACUUCGGAAGCGCUCGCAUACCCGGUGGAUGGCAAUACCAAGCCGGCGCUGGAUACCAACUUGACUGUCGCCAUGUCCUGGACACGCGCCCUGUGCGUGACGCCCGUGGACACAUAUACUACCGAAGGCAUCAUCCACAAGCGCAACACGCUGUACCCUGGGCUGAGCAAGACGGAGAUUACCGAUCUGAUUCUCAAGGGGGUCGACCAGCUCCAGCAUGACGGCAUCAUUUCCAAGUCGACGUCAAAGUGGUCCAACGGACGUCGGUGGCGCUUCAACCACCGCGUGUUGGAGACGCUCGAGAAGAUCUCGCACGUGGAUAAGGUGGGCAAAGCGGUCGCCUUCAAGAACGAGCUGGACAAGGCCUUCCGAGCGGGCGAGACGAAGCGCGUCACGUACGUCACCAACGACGGCAUGAUCAUGGCGCUGCUAAACAUGCAGGCGUGCGGACGCAUCCGCGUCAAGACGACAGGCCAGCCCAACGUGCCGCUAGGCCACGAACCGCUAAACUACGAAACACGCAAGUACACCAAGAAGUACCUGCACUUCCGCAUCGACAUUGUGCCGACGGACACGUACCUCUACAACAAUGACCCCGAGUUCGUCCAGAUGCGCGACCGCAUUAGGAACACGGCACCACCGACGGCUGGGCCCGGGGGCGCGAUCCCGGCGUGGUGCGACGUUUUCGGCAAGGUUGACACCAACCGGUGGCUCAAGUACCUGAGCGCGGCGCUUGUGACGCUGGCGGCGCGCGGCUCUAUGCGUGCCGAAGAGCUGGUCAAGACACUCAAGCCCACCACGAUGCUCUUCGAGGCGGAGCUGAUCCUUGACUGGGGCGAGAAGCUCGGGCUGCUCCAGUCGCAGCUGCACGGCAGCACAGCCCUAGCCUGCAUGGAGUGGUGGUGGAUCGCGCUCGAGGCGCAGAAGGAAGGUCUCGAGCGCCCCAAGCCCAGAAAGGCGCUGCCAACAGGCAGGAGAAAGGCUCUGGAGGACGAGGCAGAGCAAUGA